CUCAGACUGUUUGUGGACACGUUUGUUGGACUGGGGACCCUGCAGCUCUCAAUUACAGCUCCUGCUUGCCAGGCUUCCAGAGGCACAGGAUGACUCUCUUUGAUGGUGUCUACCCCUUCUACCCGCAGCAGAGGAAGAUCUCUGUGUUUGAUGUCAGCAUCAUCAUCGUGAUCGUGGUCUUCCUAACAUUUGCCUGCAGCUUCCUGCUCAUCAUCCCAGGCAUCCGUGGACGGGCGAGGCUGUACUGGACACUUCGGGUUCUCCUCAGCCUCGUCGUGGGAGUGGUGAUCAUUGCUGUCCAGUUCACCAGGGACUGGGAGGCCGGCUGGGUGAAGGCAAACACCUCCUACAAGUCCUUCAGCCGUGUCCUGGUGAAUGCAGACAUCGGGCUGCAUGUUGGCCUGGCGGGGGUGAACAUCACGCUCAGGGGAAACCCAGUGAACCAGAUCAAUGAGACCAUCAACUACAACGAGCAUUUUGCCUGGAGCUUCGAUGCAGACUAUGACCACAGCUAUAGCGAGGGGCUGGAGAAGGGGCUGCCCAACCCCAUCCUCUACGUGGCAGAGAAGUUCACCACGCAAAGCCCCUGCAGUGUGCACAGGCAGUACCGCAUCUCCGGCCACUACGCGUCAGCCAUGCUCUGGGUGGCCUUUUGCACUUGGCUCAUCUCCAACAUGCUCUUCUCCAUGCCUGUCCUAGUCUAUGGAGGCUACAUGCUGCUGGUUACAGGUGCCUUCAUGAUCUUCUCUUUGCUCUCGUUCUCCACCGUGAGGAACUCCCUGGUGUGCCCGAUCCACUUUGGGACCGCGGUACUGCGCACGGGCUACGGGGGAUCUUUCUGGCUCACACUGGCCAUUGGCUUGCUCUGUUUUGUGGCUGGGAUCACUGUGGUCAUACUGCACUACUUCAACUUGAACCUGCUGAAGAUUUUCUUUGAUCUCCCCGAGGACAAAGCCGAGGAGUACCAGGAAAUGACUGAACUGUACAUCAACCCUCACUUUGUGAACCAAGGAUUGCCUCCUUCUCAGUCCCCCAAGCUCAACCCCAAAAGCAUCUAGAAUAAAAUUUUUCCUGAUCCUUCCCUGAAGCUGGAACUGACAGGGCAGAGCACAAACCCUUCUUGAUGUCCCCAGAGACCGAGAUCCAGACCUCUCCAGGCUGGUUGCUGCACUAAGAAGAGUAAAAAAGCUGCUCCACAGAUCAAGUCUCCAUGGGCUGGCGUGAGGAGGGCACCAUAUCUGAACACUGGAGACCUGGCAGCUUCAAUCCAAUU